AAGGUCCUCUACCUACAUUAUGCCCCCUCACGCCACAUCCAUCAUACACUCCUAUUCACUAGCAAGACUGUCAUCACUUUAGCUCCAAAUCCCAAAACAAACAAUUCCCAGCACCGCCAUGAUCCGUCGCUCCGUCUCGCAAAUCUUCCAGACCAACAGUCCCCGCGAGAAUAUAGAGGCGCAAGGAAGAGAGACAGAAGCGCAAAAUCUGGCAAACAUGAUAUCGCAUCUUCAAUGUUCUCGUCCUAAAGUACGUCCCCUCUAUACCAACUUAUCUCCAAUUAAACAUCAACUAAUACCUACCCAGAUAUCACAACCCUCUCCCUUCCCAACUUCCAAUCCCUUACACCAGCAACCCGCCCAACCAAACUCCUGGGUUUCGCAAUUCACAGAUUCUAAUCUGCAGCCAAAACCAAGGAAUCAGAUAGAAGCAAUGCCACCUUCGUCGACAGGGUCGAGUAUGAACGUACCAGCGAAUUUCAAGGUUCCGAGGGUGAUACUUGAUUCGGCAGUGCGCCAUCCGGUAUUCUUUACCGAUCGCUUUAAGAAAGUGCCCCAUGGAAUUGGGUAUGGGAAGGGGAGUCCGGUCAGUGAGGGGUAUAUCUUUGAGGAGGGGGAGAGGAGGGGUGGGGAAAGUAGACUGUGAGUUGGGCGGAUGUAAUUGUGGAAGAGUGGAUUUAGAAAAGGAAUCCUAGGUGGUUUUGGUUGUACAUAGCUUGAGACUCUGGCCUUGGAUGGCAAUUGGGAUAUUUAGCGGUUUUGGCGUUACUGUAUAUUGAUAGCUCCUGAAGAGACUGAACCUAAAUCUGGAGGGUUGACGGUUGGGGAUAUUGAAUAGG